AUGACGACUGUUGGCGCAUCGCUCCGCGAGUGGACAGUUUACCUGCUACUCUGCAGCAUCCCGACAUGCGCCCUCGCUCAAUCGACGAAUGAAACAGCCGCCCCUGAGAGCAGCUCAACCACGACCGGCUCCACGAGAAGUUCUCCCACGACGUCGGCGCUAUCGAAGCCUCCCGCCGUCGCCGAUGCGACAUGCCCUUUCCGCACGAUCAACUACAUUACGCACAGGCUGCCCCAGCAAUGCCUAAGGACGAGCUGGUCUGCGCCUACGCCGAGCGCUGUGGUGGACGACUCGAGCCAGGAAAACCUGGACAACACGCUGGAGGUGGUGGUACCGUGGGCUAGACAGGAUGCCUCAGGGAGCGAGGCAAAAGCCGAAGCCGACGGAAUAAGACCAGAAGCGACAGGCUCUACCGACGCUGCAGCAGGGCUCGCUUCAACGGGCACGCAAGCAGAGGCUGAGUUGGAGACAGACUCACCGUUUGAUAGCGAUAAUUUCCUGUCGUUCGAAGAGUGGAAGAAGAAGAAUCUCGAGCACGUUGGCCAGUCGCCCGAUAAUAUUGGACAGGCUCGUGCUGCCUCCUCUGACCAGCGCAAUCGACGCCGUCCGGUCAACGUCAACGCCCUCGACUCGUUGGGCGAAGAAGGAGAGAUUGAGAUAGACUUCAGCGGUUUUGGAAACCCUCCAGAGGGACAGGCGAUACCGACGAAGCCGCAUACAGAUGCUCAGCAGGAGACGACUACGACCACGGAAGGCGAAGGCCAUGCUGCUCCAAGCUCCUGGGCGCUCAGCAAAGAUGCAGGCAAGACUUGCAAAGAGCGCUUCAACUACGCCUCGUUCGACUGCGCCGCCACGGUCCUCAAGACAAACCCCAAAGCUAAGAGCACCUCCUCCAUCUUGGUUGAGAACAAGGAUAGCUACAUGCUCACUGAGUGCUCUGCCGAGAACAAAUUCAUCAUUGUUGAACUGUGCGAAGACAUCCUCGUGGAUACUAUCGUCCUCGCCAAUUACGAAUUCUUUUCUUCCAUGUUCCGUCAUUUCCGUGUUAGCGUUUCUGAUCGAUAUCCCGUGAAGCUGGACCGCUGGCGUGUACUGGGCACAUUUGAAGCCCGUAACUCUCGAGAGAUUCAGCCUUUUCUCAUCACCGAGCCGCAGAUUUGGGCACGGUAUCUCCGUAUUGAGCUUUUGACGCAUUAUGGUAACGAAUUUUAUUGUCCCAUGAGUUUACUGAGGGUUCAUGGUACGACUAUGAUGGAGCAGUAUAGGAGAGAGGAAGAAGAGGCGAGGGGAGAUGAUGACUUCGCGGAGCCGAUCGAUGAGGUUGCCGAGGAACCUGUACAGACCGCGAUGAUUUCUGCAGACGAUAGCCUUCCUGGCGAGCAGAUUCAAAGCAAACCUGAGAGGGAUGCUGACCCUAUCCAAGAGGCUCCGCCACAAGAAGAUGGCACCUUGAAUCCGACUGAAAGUGGAGACGGCUUUGAUUCGAUCAGCGGAGAUCAUUCGCCUCCAAAACGCGGAGGGCAUCCGCCCAUUCGUAUUCCGGAAGUGCCUAUCCAUGCCCAGGCAGACUCCACUGCCAACGAUCCUCCUUCGAACGAUCAACGCACCGGGCCAUCAACGCACUUGGACGUUGCUAGGAAUGGCAUGGGAAACCUUUCCAAUGAUUCUCCCAAUGCUGGCCAGGACUCCCUAUCUUCACCGUCCACUCCGGCUCAUACGCCAAAGUCACCUACCUCAACAGCGGAACAUUACAGUGGCGAUUCGAAGCCUGUAUCUUUACAGGCAACUGAUACGAAAAUUGCAAUCAACACUGACACAGGCGCUGCGCCGAACGCGCCCUCAAACAAAGGAGCAUCGAACAAUACCAACAGUGUCUCGCAGCCUCCAGCACAAACACGCACAUCAGUGCAAUCGCAACCAAACACCCCACCGACGCAAGAAUCCUUUUUCAAAUCCAUCUCGAAACGCCUUCAGUACCUGGAGGCUAACAGCACGCUCUCGUUGCAGUAUAUCGAAGAACAGUCUCGCAUUUUACGAGAUGCUUUCAUGAAAGUCGAGAAGAAACAAUUGCAAAAGACAGAGAAGUUUCUAGAUCAUCUCAAUACUACCGUCAUGCACGAGCUCAAGAGUUAUCGGAACUUGUACGAUCAGCUAUGGCAGAGUACGAUUUUAGAACUGGAGGGCAUGAAGGAACGGCAACAGACCGAGAUCGGGGAGAUUGGAGCGCGGCUCAGUAUGGUAGCGGACGAGCUCGUGUGGCAGAAGAGGAUGGCAGUAGUUCAGUCUACGCUCCUUUUGCUCUGCCUUGGGCUGGUCCUCUUUGUACGAUCCGGCACCCUGGGCUCACAGUCGGACAUCCCCAUUGUACAGCAGCUGGGUAAUACGUACUCCAGCUUCUUCGACACCCCGUCGCACAGUCCGGAGGGCGGCAGACGGGCAAGGCGAAGACGCACAUUCGGACAUAUUUGGCGAAGCGAUACUUCCGCCGCCCUGAGCGAUCGCAGUGGCCAUGUUAGCGACAUUGUCAAUGGUGUCUCCGACGCAGAAACAGACGGACGCCGCAGCCCCCUGCAAGUCGCUUUCAGCCCACCUACACCAGCCAUCCGCGGAGGGUCUCCGAUGGCGAGAAAAGAGGGCUCAGCGUCUCCUGAGCAGCCCAACGGAGUUGACUCAGCCUUGACCCAGAACGCCAAUGGUCUCCCCACGCCGACCGAGGAGGCCAGUGACCCACUUGCUAUCCAAGAGCAAGCCAAACGUCUCGAGGUUUUGGAAACACAGUCGGGGCCCGCUACUCCACGCGGCUCGCGAGACAGCAGGCCGUCGUGGGAGGAAGUUGAUCGUGCAAUUGAUAUACUUAACGCUGAAGAAACAGAGGAGGAAGUAGAAUUGAAGAGAAAGGUUAGGGAAGCGCUGAAGAGGCGGCGAAGUCCGUUGCAAAGAGCGGAGAGCUACAACGGCGUGACGAGCGAGACUCAGUCGCCGGAUUCGGGUGCAGAUGGCGAUGAGAGCCUGUUUGUGUCGGAUUGA